AUGGCAGGGCCGCGCACCCCGACCGUCCCGGAUGUCCCCGUCGCCCCCUGGAAACGCCACAUUGUGCUGCAGCUGCGGCAGCGGGAUCGCACGCAAAAGGCCCUCUUCCUGGACCUGAUGCCAGCCUAUAACCGUCUCCUGGAGAAGGCUGAGCUGCUGGCCCAGUUCUCAGAGAAGCUUCAACCGGAGCCCAGCGAUGUCACUCCCACCACCCACCAGGGUCCCUGGGAGGAGGAGUCGGGGCCUGACUCAGGCCAAGUCCCAUCACCAGCCAAUCUGAGAGUGAAGUGGCAGGAGGAGGAGGAGGGGCUCCGGCUGGUCUGUGGUGAGAUGGCCUACCAGGUGGUGGAGAAGAGCGCAGCCCUGGGCACCUUGGAAUUGGAGCUGGAGGAGCGGCAAGGCAGGCUGGCAGCGCUGGAGGCCAGCGCAGCACAGUUGAAGGAGGCGCGGGCAGGGCUGACAGAGCAAGUGGAAGCAUGGCAGGCGCUGAACGCGGCGCAGCGCGCGACCUACGAUAAGCUGCGCGAGCACGCCGGGCUCCAGGAGGUGGCACUGCGCAGGCUUGAGGAGGAGGCGCGCGACCUGCUGGAGAAGCUCGUGCAGCGCAAAGCGCGCGCCGCCGCCGAGCGCAACCUCCGCAACGAGCGCCGGGAGAGGGCCAAGCAGGCGCGGGUCUCGCAGGAGCUGAAGAAGGCUGCUAAGCGGACUGUGAGCAUCAGCGAGAACCCAGACGUCCUCUGCGAUGGGGUCAGGGAGGGGGCGGAAACUGUGGCCCUGGCAACUCCGCCAGAGUCCCUGGAGAGUGAGGCUUGUGAGAAGUGGAAGAGGCCCUUCAGGUCUGCCUCCGCCACCUCCCUGACGCUGUCCCGCUGUGUGGAUGUGGUGAAAGGUCUUCUGGAUUUCAAGAAAAGGAGAGGUCAUUCAAUUGGGGGAGCCCCUGAGCAGCGAUACCAGAGCAUCCCGGUGUGCGUGGCUGCCCGACUUCCUACCCGGGCUCAGGAUGUGCUGGAUGCCCACCUCUCUGAGGUCAAUGCUGUUCGUUUUGGCCCCAAUAGCAGCCUCCUGGCUACUGGAGGGGCUGACCGCCUUAUCCGCCUCUGGAAUGUCGUGGGAGGUCGCCUGGAGGCCAACCAGACCCUCGAAGGAGCUGGUGGCAGCAUUACCAGUGUGGACUUUGACCCCUCGGGCUCCCAGGUAUUGGCAGCCACUUACAACCAGGCUGCCCAGCUCUGGAAGGUGGGGGAAGCACAGUCUAAGGAGACGCUAUCUGGACACACGGACAAGGUGACAGCUGCCAAAUUCAAGCUAACAAGGCACCAGGCGGUGACGGGGAGCCGAGACCGAACAGUGAAGGAGUGGGACCUUGGCCGCGCCUACUGUUCCAGGACCAUCAACGUCCUUUCCUACUGUAAUGACGUGGUGUGUGGGGAUCAUGUCAUCAUUAGUGGCCACAAUGACCAGAAGAUCCGAUUCUGGGACAGCAGGGGGCCCCGUUGUACCCAGGUCAUCCCUGUGCAGGGCCGGGUCACCUCCCUGAGCCUCAGCCAUGACCAGCUGCAUCUGCUCAGUUGUUCCCGUGAUGACACACUCAAGGUCAUCGACCUGCGUGUCAGCAAUAUCCGCCAGGUGUUCAGGGCCGAUGGCUUCAAGUGUGGUUCUGACUGGACCAAAGCCGUGUUCAGAUGAGAAAAGCAAGACUCAGAAAAGUGGAGGGAUGAGCCUAAGGUCACAGCUAAUCUGAGGUGGCUCAAGGACUGGAUUAUGGGCCUUUUGAGCACGGCUCCAGGGCCCUUUCCCUGCCCCUCAGAGGAGCAAGCAAAGACAGCAAGGACAUUCAUGGUUUCACUUCUGUUAUGUUUCAGGAUAAAACAUUCCAAGAAAACAUUCCCAGACCAGACCUCUCAGAAAUAGACAUGGUAGAAAUACUACAUGUGUUUUCUUGGCCAGUUGGGACCAGGGGAAAAUAGUUCAGGAACAAGAUGCUCUCUGGCAUUCAUAUGAUUCUUGGCAGAUGAAGCAGUAGCAAAGCAAACACAAAGUCUAGGAGGAAACAUACUGGCUGUGUCAAGUUGUAGAUUUCAGGACAAAUUACAAUUCUGACCCUUCUAAAAUUUCUGUAAUUUGGUUGUAUUUUUGUCAUGAAAAGCCAACUUCAUAAUGAACAGAAUAAAUGCAAAGAUUUAGAGCAGCCAAAUUUUGUCAUAAGGCCACUCAGAGGGCUGGGCAGUAAUUGGUCCCAAAACCAAAAGCCGUGGCUGGGAUCCUUGGGCAGUGAGUGAACAGAGCAUCCUGGGAUGUAAUCACAGCCUAGGAGACGAGAGUUUGCUUUGUGCCAGUGGAAGGGAGAGUUCAGUGGCUUAAAUUUUCAACUGCUUGCCAUCCCGAGAAGUCUGCUCCCAAGUGUUGUGACUUUUUGUGUGAUGUUCCCACUCUGCAUCUAGAAAUUGAACUUAACCCAAAACAUGAGCAUUCUGUUUUUUUCAAAGCUGGGGAUAUGGCAGUCCAGAUUGGGACAGGUCAGACAUCAAGCAAUGGCAGGGCUAAGGUCAGAUGACAUCCUCCCACCAUGUCCCCAUGUCUGGCCAAUGGAGGAGGGCUGGAGUAAUGGGGUCAGAGAGGAAAGGGAUCUUGGUGAUGUGCUGUGAAUCUAGGGCUUGAUUGCAUCACAGUUCCUGUGACAAAGGAGGCCACAAUUUAGCUGUGACACUGGGUGGGACAAUUAGCUUAACUCUGUCCCGUGGUCAAAGACUAAGCCUCUGAUGUCAAAUGCGAGCAGCUUUCAUUGGCAGAAGGUAGAAGACCGGAAUGAUAUUUAUACAGAUGACCCUUCCCAUAUUUACGGUGAAGCACUUUCACACACAUUCCUUUCUUUGGGCCUCAUGACAACUCUUUGUCACUACAAGGCUAGAAGACUACCAAGGACCCCAGUUCUAAAGGUGAGGACACCAAAGAUGGGAGACGUGAUGUGAUGGGGAGGAAUGUUUUUUGGUGACCAUGCUACACACUAUGUUUUGGGUCUACAGCAUCGUUCUUAGGUUUCAGGAGGACAUAGGGGUGCAAAUUCCCAUGGCUGUCAAGUGGAGGAGCCAGGAUUUAAACCCAGACUCCAGAGUCCAUGUUGUCAUCUCAUAUGCUAUUGGUGGGAAUGUAAGCUGAUACAAUCUUUUUUGGAGGCCAAUUUGGCAAAAUCUAACAAAAUUAAAUAUGCACAUAUCUUUUUGACUCUCAAAUUUCACAUUUAGAAAUUUACUCAGUAUUUAUAUUGGAACAAGUUUAUAAAAGAAAUAUGUACAAAGAUGUUAGUUUUAACUUUCUAAUAGCAAAAGGCUGGAUACAACCUGUAUGUCCAUCACUAUAGGAAUGGUUAAAUUAUGAUAUAUCCAAGCAAUGGAAUACAAAGCAGCCUUCAAAACAAAUGAGGUAGACCUAAACCUAUUAUUACAUAGUCCCAGUUAUGUAAAAAAGCAAUGCGUAUAUGUAUGAGUUUUAUGCAUAGAAAAACGUCUGGUAACAUACAUACCUCACAUCCCUGGCUCCUGGAAGCCAGAGGUGCUCAGCCUUUUAACCAGGAAUCUUCUGUUCACCCCUGAGACAGAAUAAAAUAUCCUCCAACAUGAUUUGUUACUCUUCAUUGUGGAGGUUCAGGAAAGGGGCAAGGAGUCCAGAAUGCCAGCUUCCUAGAAGCCACCAGUCACAUCUUCUGAGAGACUUCAGUGACCCUCCUCGCGCUCCACCCAACAGAACUGGCACUCCCUCUGUUGUGCUCACCCAGCACAAUGCCCACUCCACCCUCCUAGCGUGUCACACAAUACUGUCCUCAUGUGUGCACCUGUCUUUUUUCCCACUGGGAAAGCACCUUGAAAGCAAAGACCAUAACUCACUUAUUUCUAUAUCUAACACCUAGGAUGUUAUACUGAGCACAUAGGUGGCAUCAGGGAAUGUUUGUCACACAGAUGGGUUAAUUCACUCCCCCCUCUCUGUAUCUGUUAUAGGAUUUCAAGGUGGGCCCAGUAGUGCCUUUAUAAGAAGCACUGUCUAUUUGGAAAAGCUUAUUUACCCAAAUGUUUUAAACUAAGGAAACAUAUAAACUUAAUUCCACAUUUUUAUUAUUCAACAUUUUAUACAUAAUAAAUACAAACUUUUUACAGCCACUGUAAAGAAAGCACAUCUGCACAGAGGUGCCCUCUGAGCCCAGCCUGUGCACGGUGACGCUAGACUACAUGUGCUGGAGGGAGGGGUUAUUUUUAAAAAGGAGGCAUAUUUUUACAACUUUGAUUUUUAAAAUAAAAUUAGCAGCUCUUCCAAAAAAUACUUUAAAAUAUAACAAAAUAUUUCAAAUAACCUCUGAGAAUGUGGAAAACCCAAACUGAAGGACAAUUUGGCUAGCUAAAGAGAAAAUCUGAGACUGGGUGGCAAGAAAGAACUGCUUGAUUUAAGCACUUUGAAGAUUUUUAACAUGUUGGCAAACUUACAUCUUAAAAAAAACCACCUUUUAAUUUCUUUUUUAAACUUAAGAAUAAGUUUGAUAAACAAAAAUAGAAAGACCUCAAAUAGAUCAACAGGUUAAGAAAUGCAAAAAACAAAUACAAAAAAAAAACCCCAAAUCACAGAGAAGAUUGAUCACUGGGUAUUGUCACUGAAGUGAUCAAAUGACUAACUGAAAAUUUCUUUAGCUAUGAUCUUACUUUGGGUCAAAAAUCCCACGGGGACGUCUGGCGAGCAUUUCAAGUCUUAGAGAUUCCUAGGAGGCAUGAAUUUUUCAAAGCAUACAUAAACAACUUUUGGAUAAAAUUCUGCAAAUUUGUUAGAUUUCUUAAAAAAUAAAAAUAAAAAAGUAACUAGCAAAUAUCCCUUCAUCCCUAUCUUCCACAGGAGGUGGAGAGCUGACAGAGUCCUACUCUGGCACACCUGUCGAGGGUUCUGACAAGCUGCUGUGCGCUCACUGGCUUGCUGAGAAAGCCACUCCUGGUUCUCCCUGUGACAUGGAGAACUUGUCUUUUCAUCAUCAAUUUGCACUUGUGCAGUAUGUGCAAUCCUUUAGUCCUUUGUCACAGGAAGCUGGUUUACUCCAUGAGCCCACAAGCCCUUCCUCCUAAGGAGGUGUCAGAUCAGUGGGACCUGGGAAGCUGCAUUUUCCAUGGUGAGUGGCAACUGGUCUGGACCAGCCACUACCUGGCUUUCUGGGCCAGAGCACUGGCUUGA